AUGUCAACAUCAAAUCUAAUAACAAAUAAUAAUAAAGGUGUUAUACUUGUAGAUAAUAGUAUUGUAGAGUGUGGAAUUUGUUUCAGCAAUCAAUUUAGUAAAUCAUAUAGCUGCGAUUUUUGUGAUUUUUGGACAUGCGAAUCAUGUUUGCCAAGUUAUCUUAGUAAGCAAUGUCCAAAAUGUAAAAGACCAUGGCCUAAAAUACCAAAGAGGAAUUAUACCAUAGAGAGAUUAAUAGAGGAAGCGCAGGUACCAUGUGACAAUUAUUCAGAUGGAUGUACAAAAAUAUUCUCAUUAAAAGAUGAACAAAAUAAAAAGAAAACACAUCAAGAGCAAUGCAACUAUAGAAAGAUAGCAUGUCCAUUAAACAAGAUUUUAGGUUGUCAAUUGGAAACCAUCAUCACACCAGAAGGCAUGGAAAAACAUUUUGAAAACCAUCAUCGUUUAGACAGUGUUUAUCUUCAUGAUCAAGAACGUGAAACCGAAUUUUUCCGUAUGACAAUGAUGUCACCCCUCCCAAAAGGAACAGAGACAAGUUGUUUAUUAUUAAAACAAGAGCAGCAUACCAUUCUAUUUAUUUCAACUGGUGAGGGUGUAUUUAGAAGCUUUCUUUUCUUAUUUGUAACACCACCUCCAAAGCGCUACCAAAUACGUGUUUAUGGUACAUCAUCGUCUCAAAUUAAAAUAAAUGAUAAACCUCAAAUUUGGGCCGAUAUUUGCGAUACUCUUCCUUUAGUUAGUUUUACCAUCAGCCAACAACAAUAUCUCAAAUGGAGCCAUUCAACCGCAAGUCGUUCAUUCUAUAUUCAUUUGAAGGCAAUUGACGAAGAAGAGGACGAAGACGAUGAUGAUGAUGAAGAAGAUGACGAUGAAGAAGAUGACGAAGAUGACGACGAAGAUGAUGAGGAUGAUGAUGAAAAAGAUGAUGACGAUGAUUCAAACUCAAAAGAAGAUAAAGAAAGAUUUUUAAAGAAAUUAAAAGUUAAAUAA